AUGGCUGAGAAGAUCGCGAUUGACAAAAACAAUUUCUUCAACCACCUAUCCAACCUUUAUGCGUCAUGGAAGGCAGACAAGCGCUCGGGGAAUGUGUUGUUCGGCGGCGCAGACUCUAUGGUCAUCCUCAUGGGCAAGACCAAGACCGAUGAGAGCUCCUUUCAAAAGAACAACGCCAUGCACUUCUGGCUUCUCGGUUACGAAUUCCCUGCCACCCUCUUUGUCUUUACGACCGAGGCGGUCUACGUGGUCACGACGGCCAAGAAAGCUGAGCUCCUCGAACCCUUGAAAGGUGGCAAAAUCCCGGUCGAGCUUCUAGUGACGACAAAAGACCCAGAGACCAAGACUAAGGCUUUCGAAAAAUGCUUGGAUGUCAUCAAGGGCGCAGGAAAGAAAGUUGGCACCCUUCCGAAAGACACCACAUCCGGACCGUUCGCCGACGACUGGAAACGUGCAUUUGGAGAUAUCUCGAAGGAUGUCGAGGAGGUGGACAUCACGCCUGCGCUUUCCGCUGCCUUUGCGAUCAAGGACCCCGAAGAACUGGUUUCGAUUCGCAAUGCCUCCAGAGCGUGCAGCGGUCUCAUGUCUGAAUACUUUGUGGAUGAAAUGUCCCGCUUGCUCGAUGAGGAAAAGCAGAUGACGCACAAAGCUCUUGCAGCCAAGGUCGAUGCGAAGAUUGACGAUGCGAAAUUCUUCAACAAGCUAGCGCGCCUGCCGUCUGAGUUUGAUGCCGAACAGAUCGAUUGGGCUUAUGGACCUGUGGUUCAGAGCGGAGGAUCCUACGACCUGAAGCUGACCGCUACUUCUGACGGCAAAAACCUGGAACCUGGCAUCAUUAUUUCAAGCUUUGGUAUCCGAUACAAGACUUACAACUCGUUAAUCGGGCGAACCUAUCUGGUGGACCCUAGCAAGUCCCAAGAAUCAAACUAUGCAUUCCUGCUGAAUCUCCAUGAAGUGGUCAUGAAAGAGAUCCGCGACGGGGUGGUCGCUAAGGAUGUUUACAACAAGGCACUCAACCUAGUCCGUUCCAAGAAGCCCGAGCUUGAAAAUCAUCUGGUCAAGAACAUCGGUGCGGGAAUUGGCAUUGAGUUGCGCGAUUCGAACAUGGUCCUCAACGCGAAGAACAACCGGGUUCUGAAAAACGGUAUGACGCUGUCAAUCACCGUCGGCCUGACCGACGUAAAGGAUUCCGAUUCAAAGGGGGGCAACGUCUACUCCAUGGUCGUCACUGAUACUGUUCGUGUUGGAGACAACGGACCUCAUAUCUUCACGAAAGAUGCCGGUAUGGACAUGGACUCGGUCUCGUUUUACUUUGGAGAUGAUGAGGAGCCGGAGAAACCGGUGAAGGAGAAGAAAGAGUCAAAGUCGAGUGCGGUGGCUAGCCGAAAUGUCACACGGACGAAACUCCGUGCCGAAAGACCAUCUCAGAUUAACGAAGGUGCCGAAGCGCGCCGUCGUGAGCAUCAGAAAGAGUUGGCCUCAAAGAAGACCAAGGAAGGUCUAGACAGAUUUACUGGCACUACAGGAGAUGAUAACGGUGUUGCUCAGAAGAAGUUUAAGCGCUUCGAGUCCUACAAACGAGACAACCAGUUGCCCGCCAAGGUCAAGGACCUCGUCGUCUACGUUGAUCACAAAGCUUCCACGGUCAUUGUACCCGUUAUGGGAAGGCCUGUGCCAUUCCACAUCAACACGAUCAAGAACGCCAGCAAAAGCGACGAAGGAGACUACGCUUACCUCCGCAUCAAUUUCCUCUCUCCUGGUCAAGGAGUGGGCCGAAAGGAUGACCAGCCUUUUGAAGAUCCGUCGGCGCAUUUCGUUCGCAAUUUGACAUUGCGCUCCAAAGACAAUGACAGACUGGCCCAGGUCGCGCAGGAUAUUACUGAACUCCGCAAGACUGCCCUGCGGCGGGAACAGGAGAAGAAGGAGAUGGAGGAUGUGGUCGAGCAAGACAAGCUCGUUGAAAUCAGAAACCGUCGACCUGUGAAGCUCCCUGACGUGUACCUUCGACCUCCGCUGGAUGGCAAGCGUGUCCCCGGAGAAGUCGAGAUCCACCAAAAUGGUCUGCGAUACUUGUCACCCUUCCGCAACGAACAUGUUGAUGUGCUCUUUAGCAACGUCAAGCAUCUCUUUUUCCAGCCAUGUGCCCAUGAGCUGAUAGUCCUCAUCCAUGUGCAUCUGAAGACGCCCAUCAUGAUUGGAAAGAGAAAGACAAGGGAUGUGCAAUUCUACCGCGAAGCAACCGAAAUGCAGUUUGAUGAGACUGGUAACCGUCGUCGCAAGCACCGGUAUGGCGACGAGGAGGAAUUUGAGGCCGAGCAAGAGGAAAGACGCCGAAGAGCUGCACUUGACCGUGAGUUCAAGGCGUUCGCCGAAAAGAUUGCCGACGCUGGCAAGGACGAGGGUGUGGAUGUCGACAUCCCCUUCCGAGAGAUUGGUUUCACCGGUGUUCCCAACCGCUCCAACGUCUUGAUUCAGCCGACCACUGAUGCUCUCGUUCAAUUGACUGAGCCACCGUUCAUGGUUAUCACUCUGAACGAGAUCGAGAUUGCUCAUCUGGAGCGAGUUCAAUUCGGGCUGAAGAACUUCGAUUUGGUCUUUGUUUUCAAGGAUUUCCACCGACCCCCUGUGCACGUCAACACAAUCCCCGUCGAAGCACUCGAGGGUGUCAAAGACUGGCUUGACUCCGUUGAUAUUGCCUUCACUGAGGGUCCGCUCAACCUGAACUGGACUACUAUCAUGAAGACAGUCGUGAGUGAUCCGUACGGAUUUUUUACCGACGGUGGCUGGUCGUUCCUGGCUGCCGAGUCGGACUCGGAAGGUUCCGAAGACGAAGAAGAGUCUGCCUUCGAAUUGUCCGAUUCCGAGCUGGCUGCAGCGGACGAGAGCUCCGAGGAGGAUAGCGAGUUUGAUGACGAUGCCAGCGCGGACGCAAGUGAAGAGGACUUUAGUGGGGAUGAAGAGAGUGGCGAAGAUUGGGACGAGCUGGAGAAGAAGGCGAAGCGUCAUGACAAGGAGAUCAAUAUGGACGAGGAUGACCGGGGCACAAAGCGCAAGCGCUGA